AUGGCCUUCAGCAGGUUGGCGCCGCUGCUCAUCGCCCACUGGAUCCCCAGAGGUCAGGGCCAGGUGCUGGGCGAGGAGUGCCAGAACUACCUGAAGGCGAAGGGCUUUGCCGACGCAGGCCCACAUCGACAGCGUGUUUGGAGGGCCACUCACUUCGCAGUGCGCGUCGUGCACGAGCCUGAGGCGUAUACGGGAUGA